AUCCCAGCGAGGUGGAACAGACGAGGGAAGCACGAAAAGAGAAAAUAAAGUUAGAAAAAAAAAGAAGAAGAAAGAAACAAUAAUACUCAAUUUAUUUUUCUUCCAGAAACGCGUUUAGAUUUGCAGCCUCCUCCUCCUCCUUCUUCUUUUGCUCGUCUUCUCCACCAAAUCUGAGUGUCUUCUUCAAGUUCUUUGCUCGGAGGUGUUCUUAUUUUCGUAGAGUUCAGACGUUUACUGCUCAUUUGAUUCAAUCUAGAUCCAGAUUCUGUAUCUGAAGACUCUGAUCUACCAAACGAAAUGGCCGGUAACUUCAAUCCUACAGUUGGGUCGUGUGUGUGGGUGGAGGACCCUGACGAAGCAUGGAUUGAUGGUGAAGUUGUAGAGGUUAACGGCCAGGAGAUCAAAGUGCUAUGCACUUCAGGGAAACAUGUUGUUACAAAAGCAUCUAAUGUUUAUCCGAAAGAUACGGAAGCACCAGCAUCUGGAGUGGACGAUAUGACAAGACUUGCUUAUUUGCAUGAACCCGGAGUUCUACAGAAUUUGCAUUCAAGAUAUGAUAUUAAUGAGAUUUAUACUUAUACAGGAAGCAUACUGAUUGCUGUUAAUCCAUUUAGAAGACUUCCCCAUCUCUACAGUAGCCAUAUGAUGGCACAGUAUAAAGGAGCUGCUUAG